AAUCGGUAAGCAUCACUCUAACUGUGUCACUGCCCCACUACACUGAUCUCACUGCAUUAGAUAUGGCUGCUGUCAGACUCAGCUGUCUUUACUAAAUGCAGAGAGAGCAUCCAGGAAAGAGCAACAAUACGUCAUGUGGAGUUAUUGAUGUCAUUACUGUUCUCAUGCACCAACAUGAGGUAAUGAAAUUAGAAAUGCUAUAAGGCACAGUCUUACCUGUAGAGGGGUUUGUGUUUAGCUUCAAACACACAUGCUCUGUCAGUGGUAUUGACUGCAUGCUGUACUGCAUCACCAUCUUCUGCUACACAGAUAAAAAGCAUUUAUUUUCCUCUAAUCAAACCUUCCUUCCAUUACUAGAACACUUUGAUAAUCUGACUGUGCAUUUCCUCUCAUUAGGAGGACAGUAUUAGUGCACCACAGUUAUCCAGCCAGCUGCUACACUAACUUCUCAAACUUUCUGCACACGUUUCUUAUUUAAUUCUGUAGUGAGAGCAGGGAGCAGGUGGAGGAAAACCUGGAGAGGUUGAGGUUUGCGCUGGAGAGAAGAGGAAUGAAAGUCAGUCGUAGUAAGACUGAGUACAUGUGUGUGAAUGAAAGGGAGGGAAGUGGAACAGUAAGAUUACAGGGUGAAGAGGUGAAGAAGGUACAGGAGUUUAAGUACUUGGGGUCAACAGUCCAGAGUAAUGGAGAGUGUGGGAAAGAGGUAAAGAAGCGAGUGCAGGCAGGUUGGAAUGGGUGGAGAAAGGUGUCGGGAGUUCUGUGUGAUAGAAAAAUAUCAGUGAGAAUCAAGGGGAAGGUAUACAAGACAGUGGUGAGACCGGCCAUGCUGUAUGGUUUAGAGACAGUGUCGCUGUGACAGGAGUCAGAGCUAGAGGUAGCAGGGCUGAAGAUGUUGAGGUUCUCUUUGGGAGUGACAAAGUUGGACAUGAUUAGGAACGAGUACAUCAGGGGAACAGCUCAUGUUGGACGUUUGGGGGACAAAGUUAGGGAGGCCAGAUUAAGAUGGUUUGGACAUGUUCAGAGGAGGGAGAGUGAGUAUACUGGUAGGAGAAUGUUGGGCAUGGAGCUGCCAGGCAGGAGGCAAAGAGGAAGGCCAAAGAGGAGGUAUAUGGAGGUAAUAAAUGAGGAUAUGAAGCUAGUGGGUGCAAGUGUUGAGGAUGCAGAAGAUAGAGAUAGGUGGAGAGUGAUGAUUCGCUGUGGCGACCCCUGAAGGAAAAAGCCGAAAGAAGAAGAAGAAUUCUUAUUUUUGUAACCAGAAACUAAUAACAAAGCUGCAAAAAAAAAUAACACGCUUACCUUGUAUGUCACGUUCGUCUUCUGUUAAACUCACAUUGGUUCUUUCUAAAAUGUAAAUUAGUAAUGGCGGAGGUGACCUCCUCAUGGGAAAUGUAGUCCAUUAGCACUUCCGGGUACGCUUCUUUGUAUUUGUAAAAGGAUGGCAAAAAAUCCGGUUAAAUAUUUAAAAAGCAAAUUAUUGCAUUGGCUAUAUGCUUAGCGCUUACACUUUUAAUAAAACAUGCCAUGUUCAGUUUGUUUUUCUCUUUUAUUUCAGAUUUCUGUUAUCUCACUCUGGAUCCCAACACGGCACAUCGUAAACUCAUUCUGUCUGAGAACAAUAGAGCGGUGAGAUACAGUGAGAGAGAGCAGCAGUACUCCGAUCAUCCAGAGAGAUUUGACUCUAUCUGGCAGGUGUUGUGUAAGGAGAGUGUGUGUGGACGCUGUUACUGGGAGGUGGAGAGGAGCAGUGAUGAUGUGUUCAUAUCAGUCUCAUAUAAAGACAUCAGCAGGAAAGGACGGGGUGAUGAGUGCAAGUUUGGACGCAACAAUCAGUCCUGGAGUCUGGAGUGUUCUUCUUCUUCUUCUUCUUCUUCUCUCUGUUUCUAUCACAACAACAUUCAGACCGAGAUCCAAGGGCCAUCAUCCUCCAGAAUAGGAGUGUAUGUGGAUCACAGUGCAGGAACUCUGUCCUUCUACAGCGUCUCUGACACGAUGAAGCUCCUCCACAGAGUCCACACCACAUUCACUCAGCCUCUAUACGCUGGGUUUAGGAUCUACUGUUUGUUUGGUUCUACAUCUGUGAGAUUGUGUGAUCCAAAAUAAAGUGUGUAGUGUUUUAUGUAAAAUUCCUGCACAUUGCCACAUUGUUGCUCAGUCAUCUGUCUGACUAGCACACAAUCCAUCUGCACAAAAACACACUCAUUUAAAUGUAUUCAUUAAAAUAGAUUAGUCAUUUUACAUUAAUUAAAAAGGAAAUGUUAAAAAUGAAAGGGGAGUAAUGACUUUAAUAUUUUCAUUGAGAGACACAUUACCUGAACCCGGGGCUCCACCCUAACAGAACUUAGGAGAAGUAAAUCCUAGGAGGGCAGGGGGUGCUACAUGUAUAAAAUAUAUUAUUAAAAUAAUAUUAACUAUUAUUAUUGUUGUUGUUGUUGUUGUUGAUCUUAAUAUUAUUUUUAUUUUAAAUAAUAGCUUAUAUAAAGUAUAUAUGAUGUGUAUUUGUAAUAAUAGAAGUAAUAAGAAUUAUACAUAAAUAAAUCUCAUUUUCUAAUCUGAUACUGA